GGGCGGGCGGGCGGGCGGGGAGGGGCGAGAGGCCCCGCGCAGGCAGCGCGCGUCCGUGCGCGCCAGAUGUUGGGCGGCUGCGAGGGGAGGAAGUGGCUGCUGGAGCCAUGGCUGGGACGGGCGCUGCCGGGGCCCCGCCGCCCGCGCCCCGCGCCGGCCUGAGCCUGCACCGGCCCUUCGUGUGCAGCCCGCUGGGCCCGCUGCGCCUGGGCCAGCUGGUGCUGGGCGCUGCCUUCUGGGUCACGGUGGCGGCCCACAAGUACGAGGGGGCGGCCCACUUCGCCCUCUUCGCCGCCGUGCUGGUCUGGCUGCUCACGCUGGCGCUGCUGGGCCUCAGCCUGCUGGGCCGCUGGGCCCUGGUGCCGGUGCUGGGCGCCCGCUGGCUGCUCACCAACCUGCUGCACGACCUGGUCCUGGGCACCGGGCUGUACGCGGCGGCCGCCGGCAUCAUGGGCCACAAGGCCAAGCGCUACAGCUACUGCAACGUGCCCGGCUACAGCCAGCCCUGCCUGCACCGCGCCUACCUGAGCGCCGCCGUCUGCGGGGGCAUCGCCGCCGGCCUCUACCUGCUCUCCGGCCUCUGGUGCCUGGCGCGGCGCUGCCGGGGCCACCGCGACAUCGUCUGAGCCCGCCGCGGCGCGUCCCCCGCCCCCUCCCCGACUGGCACCCCCUCUGCACACGGACGGACGCCCCGACUCCUCGGCACCAACAGACAGACGCACGGACCCCCGCCACCGCCAGGCAGAGGGAUGCGCCAACGCUCCCACUGCGGACAGACGGACGCGCCAAACCUCCCACCCUGGACGGACUCGCCAACACCCCUGGACAGACGGACGCACCAAAGCCUCCGCCCUGGACAGACGGACUUGCUAACACGCCCCCUGACGGAUGCACACACUGAAACCCACGCCGUGGCUGGACGACAUGCGGACCCCCACUCCCUGCCCAUGUAGAUGGACGGACAACCCCCCACUCAAGACAAGCGGAUCUCCCCCAGGCCUCUCCCCACCCCCCAGGGACAGACGGACGCCCCUGCGGAGCACAGCGCCCCAGCGGGACCUCAGCCUCCCUGCCCCACCCAGCACCUCCGGGCAGCGGCCGGAGGGACGGACAGACGGGCACUGGCCGGCCCCAGCCGAAGCAUCCAGCUGGUGCUUAAGGUGGAAGCGGCCAGGGCCCUGCCAGGCACUGCGCAGAGGUGGGUGCUGGCCCCGGGGCUGGGGGGGCUCUUCUGCCCCGCUGGCCCCUUGUGCCUGGCGCAGGCAGGGGCAGGUUUGGCCCCGGGCUCUGCCUGCCCUCCCCCCAGCACUACUCUGAUCCUGCCCCCUCCUGGGCCCCUCGUGCCUCCUGCCAGGAUUGUUGGUGCCACGGAGAAGCCCCAGGCUCAGGAUCCGCUGCCCCCUCCCGCAGCACCCCAGUGCCCAGACAUUGGGGUCUGCUCCCACCCCCCUCAACCCUCCAGGCCUGGAGCAGCUACCCUCCCUGCGCUGGGGCAGUUCAGACCAUGCCUGCUCCCCGAGGGCAGCCCCCAGUGCCAAAACGCAGCCGCCUCUGGGGUGGGGCUGGAACCGGCUGCCGUGCCCCGGGGAUGGGGAGCAAGGGAUGUGGCCAGGGCCAGGGGGGAGGAUGGCAGGCUCCACCUUAAGAGCUCCCUCACCCAGGGCCAGGCUCCCUGGCAGGGCCCCCCUCCGAAGCCAGUGCUCGCUGAUUCACUGGGUGGUGCUGGGAUGGGCCCAAUGCCAGGCAGGGCCGUCCUGGGGCCUGCAGCCAGCCCCUGCGCAGAGGGCAGCUGGCUCUGCUGCACCCUCCGUGCUGGAGCUGGGAGCUGCGGUGCCAAGGCCGGAGGCAGGCUGGCUGUGGCAGCACUCGGGUCCAUGUGUGCGGGCAUCACCCUGCCGGUGCAAGAGCCUUUGCUGGGAACCCCCUGCUCUGCAGCACCCCGCUGGCAGCAAGGACCGCACUGUACCCGCCUGGCCAGGCGGCAUGGCGUGGCCUGCCCCCGCCCCGCGGAGUCCUGCCGGGAGAUGGCGCAGCCUGGACUGACCCGUGCUGGAAGGCGCUCAUCCUGGGAGGCCCCGGUGCUGCCCAGCGCCCAUGAUGGGCUGCAGCCAGCGCGCCCCCUGCACUGCUGGGACCUCGCGUGGCGUCUGCAGGGAGGUGGCGCAGGUGGCACCGGAGCCUCGACGGAGCACAUGAGGCCUGAGGGCCCUGAGGAGCCGCCUGCCCUGCUGCUGCGCCCGACCCCCCGCCUGCUGCGGUGCCACCGGCCUCCCCAGGGCCCCGGAGCCCGCAGCCUGGCUGUGCCCCUUGCAGGGGCUGGAGCCCCGACACCGAGCACCUCGUGCCGCCUGCUGCCCUCGCCCCUCUGCAGCUCCUCCCUCAAUAAAGCCGCUUUAUCGGUUGGUUUGA